CGACAAAGAGGAGGGAAAUUUAAAAAGUCCGGACUGCUUAUUGGCGACAACAAGGAACGAAGAAGUCAGUUUCCAUUAAUCAUUUGGAUACAAACAAGUAAUUGAAAACUAGUAAAGGCAGUCUGACAGUUUCUAUACAUACACAUGAUUCGUUUCAAAAGGAGUCAUCUAUGUGACAGAAUGGAAACUCAUCUCGACCAGAUUUUAGACUCACCAUCCAAAAACAGUUACAUCGGGAGCUAUUACCAGCCUCCAGACUGCAUACUACCAAAACCAAGACAGGUGGAGCUCACUUCACAUUCAUCCAUCAGCCCUCGCAUGUCUCCGGCCAGACAUAAUGUCGACAGCAAAGCUGUUGUUGAAGCACUGAAGACCCUUCAGGAGAAAAUCAGGUGGUUGGAGCAGGAAAGGAUACAAGCAGAGAAGAGCUACCAGGAGUUUUCCCUUGAUGCUCAAAAACAUCAGCAGGCCACGACAUCACGCACGGUGCUCAGUCAGCCAGCAGCCAGCCAGCCUGACACGGAUAAUUCUAGUAGGAAAGAGAUUGACUCAAAGCUGCAGUCUGCGGAGGCUCGCUGUAAGGUUCUGGAAAAGCAGCUGGACUACAUGAGAAGGAUGGUGGAACAUGCUAAGAGGGAGAGGAAUGUCCUCAAGCAAAAUCAGGCUACUCUACAGAACCAGCAGCCAAGCAGCUCAAACAACCAAUCUCAGCAGGAGAAGCUGGCAAAACUUGAAUCAGAGUGUCUCAAAUUGAGUAGAACCCAAACCCUGGCAGAGAUGAAACUUUCCAUUCUGGAGCAGAAACUGCUGAAGGAAGAGCAUGAGCGUAAACUUGUGCAAGUGAAAGCCGACGAGCUGCAGAAGGAGUUGGAAACAAACCUUCGGCUGUCUUUGCAAAUGUCUGAAGAAAUAAAUCCAAAGAAAACAAAAAGGGCCAUGAAGAAAACCCCCGGGCAGAACGAGCUGACAUCUCCAAGCCACCGCAGGCACCCAAAAAUGCCCUUUGUUGCAGGAACUUCAACCAGCCCAAGCCAUUCAGUCCACGCCAACGUGCAAAGUAUACUUCACAUGAUGAAGCACCAUCAGCCCCAGCUGUGUGAACAUGUGAGCUCUCUGCACAGGUCUGGUGCUGGAGUCAAGAAAAGCCUCCAAAAACACUUUGAGCCAUCCUCUGCCAACACUCCUCAUAAGCCCGACAGGAAGCCCCAACAAGCAGAUCAGCCGCUGGGCUCGCUGUCAGACCUGCUGCUGGCUCUGCAGGAUGAGCUGGGACAAAUGAGCUUUGAGCAUCAGGAGUUAGCGGGUCAGAUAGACGCAGCUACAGAUCAAAAGCAGAGGCACGAUCUGCAAGGAGAACUAGAGAGGUUGGCGGCAAGAAUGGAGGAGAAGGGAGCUCAGAUCACCAAGCUCCGCAAACACCAGCAGACAAUCAAAAAGCUGACCAAGAGUCAACCUUGCACUGGAGAACAAACAACCAGGAAGUCGAGUGGAAUGAAACCACCCGCUCCUUCUCCAGUAAAGGCAAAGCAGAAAGGAAAGAAAGGUGGGACGGCUCAUAACAACCUGCAGCUCCUCAGAGAGACCCAGAAGUUCAGAAACAGCCUCAAACAAGAUGACCUGUACUGGGAAACAUGAGGCUCUUCUCAGAGUGACCGCUCUGUCUGCUGGCUUUGAUGCUACAGCUGGUUGAACCACAAGACUCCCCUUGGUUCCUCGCAGCCUGCUGUCCCCUCUUCUUGAAAUGGUGUCUGGGACAUUUCAAUUAAGAAAUAAAAAUAGGGAAUCAUUGAUUUUUUUUUUUUUGGUGUUUUACACAGGACUUGAUAAUGUGUUACUCAUCAAACUUUUUUAUGGGUGAUAAAUUAAUACUUUGCAUAUUCACAGGCCUUCACAGAGUAGUUUAUGAACCAUGAUUUUAUCUGUGAAGCUGAAGUAGUCUAUUAUUUUAAUUAUUAAACAUUUAAAAAGCA